UCCCCAUUCCCCCGCCUGGCGGCCCCGGAGCUGCCGCCGCCGCCGCCGCCGCGCUCCCCCCUCCCCUUCCCGCGGCCGCGCUCCUCCUCGCCGCGGAGGAGGCGGCGGCACCGCCACCUCCGCCUCUUCCCCUUCCCUUCCCCCUUUCCCCCGGUUUUUGUUGCAGCGCAGUUCUCCUCUCCGUGGCAAGCGCUGCCUCUUUUUGAAGCAGUGCAUUCAUUCUCCCCUUCAAGCACCAUAAGUCUCACUUGCCAGCUCCAGAACCAUGGCAACAGAAGAAAAGAAGCCAGAUGCAGAAUCCACCAAAACACAAUCUACUCCUUCCUCCUCGACCAAUCAGAGCAAGCCUGCACCACUAAAACCAAACUACGCUCUGAAGUUCACGUUAGCAGGACACACAAAAGCAGUCUCUUCAGUAAAGUUCAGUCCUAACGGGGAGUGGCUUGCCAGCUCCUCUGCUGACAAGCUCAUUAAAAUUUGGGGAGCAUAUGAUGGCAAGUUUGAGAAAACAGUAUCUGGUCAUAAACUGGGUAUCUCUGAUGUUGCUUGGUCAUCAGAUUCCAACCUUCUUGUCUCUGCCUCCGAUGAUAAAACUCUCAAAAUAUGGGAUGUAAGCUCGGGUAAGUGCUUAAAGACAUUGAAAGGGCACAGUAACUACGUUUUCUGCUGCAACUUCAACCCUCAGUCAAACCUCAUCGUCUCUGGAUCAUUUGAUGAAAGCGUGAGGAUAUGGGAUGUGAAAACAGGGAAGUGCCUCAAGACGUUGCCUGCUCACUCUGACCCAGUUUCAGCUGUGCAUUUUAAUCGUGAUGGAUCCCUGAUAGUGUCAAGUAGCUAUGAUGGGCUCUGUCGAAUCUGGGAUACAGCAUCAGGCCAGUGCUUGAAAACACUGAUUGAUGAUGAUAACCCUCCUGUGUCCUUUGUGAAGUUCUCGCCAAACGGCAAAUACAUCUUAGCUGCAACUUUGGACAACACUCUUAAACUUUGGGACUACAGCAAAGGAAAGUGCCUGAAGACCUACACAGGACACAAAAAUGAGAAGUAUUGCAUAUUUGCUAAUUUCUCUGUUACUGGUGGAAAGUGGAUCGUGUCUGGUUCAGAAGACAACCUGGUUUAUAUUUGGAACCUGCAGACAAAAGAGAUUGUACAGAAAUUACAAGGGCACACAGAUGUGGUAAUCUCAACAGCUUGUCACCCAACAGAAAACAUCAUCGCCUCGGCGGCACUAGAAAACGACAAAACAAUUAAACUGUGGAAGAGUGACUGUUAAAAACCUUCUGGGAUCACUUCAGAGACUGUCAGGAAAAAUAUGUUUUUAAAAAAAACAACAACAAAAAAAGAAACACAUAAAAACACAAAAAAAACCAAACCCCACAACCCUCCCUCCCCCACCCCCCCUGAGAAUAAUAACUCCAAUUUAGCAGGAAACCUGAAGAACCUUUUGAGAAAGUGGUUUCUUGUUAGGCUUUAGCCCAAAGGAAGCAGCUUAAAAACUGGGCAAAGUGGUGGAAAACAACAAAAAAAAAUCCCCACCACAACCCAAAGAUGAUAAUGAAACCAAUCAAGGUGCAGUGUCUCCUUUUUUUUCCCCCCUCUUGCCUGAUCUUUUUUGACAGACAAAUGGAUCCUUCUGACAUCGCUUCCCAAGUGUCAGCCUUGGUUUUGGACAGCCUCUUCUCACUCCCUCCAGACGGAGAUGUUUGUGUUUUAUGGUGAUGUUUCCUACUUCUGAGCUCUGUGGUUGCUUGGAGGAAGAGCUGUCAGCCUGCUUGGCCGCAGUCACUUCAGUCGCCAGCCUAGAGGUGUGUGGAAGUUUUGGGUUUGUUGGGUUUGAUUGAUUUAUUUUUUUUUUAUAUAUGGCUUUUUUUAUUUCUAAUUUUUUUUUUGUUGUCUUAUUAUUAUUCCCCUCCUUCCCCCCUCCCCCAGAGUGUAGAUCUCUUGGUAAGUUUCUGUAUUUUCAACUAGGGAGUGCUGCAUCUUUUCUAAAGGUGCUUCGUUUUAAACACUCAGCUCAAACUUUGUGACCAAAUAAAAGCAUAAAGUUCCAGAUUUUAAUUCUCCCCUCUCCUUUUCCUGCCCUCCCCCAACUCCUGACUUGAUUCCUGUGGUGAAACCUCCUCUUGUAUAGUUGCUGCCCUCUUGUUCUGUGUGUUUAAUAGAUGCUGUUCUAGAGCAGAGUUACAAAAAGUUCUUCUGUUAACCAUUAAAACCAAUCCUGCUUGUAGUUGUUCUUGGCAUAUCUUGAAUUCUUUUCCAGUUUUUCCUCUCUUCUGGUUCUGAAGCAAACUCCCCCAACAAUGUACAUUUUAUUUCAGUGUAAAAAGGAAACAAUCAAAACAAAAAAGAAACUUCCCCCAACCCCCAGACUUUUUGUAUCUUUGAAAAUCCAUCGUUCUGAAGCUGUGUUGAUGAUGGCAUGACUGUAUCUAUCUCGGCCUUUGCUCUCUCAUUCCCUUUUUGUCAUACCCAUGUGGUAUUUACAGCUCCCAAAUGCCAUAUGCCCUAAUAAAAAGGUGGGAUUUUCUGUGUA